GUUGGGGUGUCCGCCGCGGGGUGGUGGGCUCGGGGAUCCCGAGCGGAGCUGGUUGCGCGCUCACAGUCCCUGGCCGCGCUGGCGUUGGGGGGGUCCGCCUGGGUGUCACUGCACGCGACGAGCCGGGCCAGCCACGGACAUGGACAUGAAGAAAAGGAUCCACUUAGAGCUGCGGAACAGGACGCCCUCGGAUGUUAAAGAACUUGUUCUGGACAACUGUAGGUCAAAUGAAGGCAAAAUUGAAGGCCUCACAGAUGAGUUUGAAGAGCUGGAGUUCUUAAGUACAAUCAACGUAGGCCUAACCUCAGUUGCAAACUUACCAAAGUUAAACAAACUUAAGAAGCUCGAACUAAGCGAUAACAGAAUCUCAGGAGGGCUGGAAGUGUUGGCGGAAAAGUGUCCGAACCUCACACAUCUAAACCUAAGUGGCAACAAAAUAAAAGAUCUCAGUACAAUAGAACCUCUGAAAAAGUUAGAAAACCUGAAGAGUUUAGACCUUUUCAAUUGCGAGGUAACCAACUUGAACGACUACAGAGAAAACGUAUUCAAGCUCCUCCCGCAGCUCACGUACCUCGACGGCUACGACCGGGAUGACAAAGAAGCCCCGGACUCUGAUGCAGAGGGUUACGUGGAGGGCCUAGAUGACGAGGAAGAGGAUGAGGACGAAGAGGAGUACGAUGAAGACGCUCAGGUAGUAGAAGACGAAGAGGAAGACGAGGAGGAGGAGGAAGGAGAGGAGGAGGACGUGAGCGGGGAGGAGGAGGAAGAUGAAGAAGGCUAUAACGAUGGUGAAGUAGACGAUGACGAAGAUGAAGAAGAAGCUGAUGAAGAAAGGGGACAAAAGAGAAAACGAGAAGCUGAAGACGAGGGGGAUGAAGACGACUAAACCGAAUAACCUAUUUUGAAAAUUUCCUAUUGUGAUUUGACUGUUUUUACCCUGUAUUUUUUCCCCCCAGACUUAUUUUUUUCUGAUUGUAACGUUGCUGUGGGAAUGAGAGGGAAAAGCGUAUUGGGUGGGCGAGGGAAUAAAAUACUAUUUUUACUGCCACUCCUCCUCCUCCUCCUUCAUUUUUAAUUUUUUCCCCCCCUUUUGGCCCCUUUUUAGUUCCUGUAAACGCAAUAGUAAGUAUAAACCAAGUGGUAAUUUGUUUCUUAUUAUCGGAGUGGAGCGUUCGACAUCUUCUUUUAAGAUCCGCGGACGAGCUCCAGAAAUUGCAUCGUCCAUUCGGGAACAGCGAAAACCCUUUUUGCGGUCGCUGGGAUAUUCCACCUCCGCUGGUCACGAAACCUCUGGUGAGCAUUUUUUUUUUUAAUUUUUAUUUUUUUGGAUGCUACCAAUCCUAACGAAAGCAUCCUGGCCGCAGCAACAGGUGUGAGAAUGGCAUAUUGAUAAAGUGAUUUCUUUGUUGCCUGUUCGUGGAUGACUGCCAUUUUCAGCCCAUGCUUUCCCUGCUUUUGUUAGGUACCUUUUCUUUUGCUGUUUGUAAAUAGUGACCAAACGUGUUGGGUUUUUAUUUCCCUCCCUUUCGUUGGGUGUUCUUUUGGAUCUGGUUUGUGGGGUGACUUUGCGAUCCCCCCUCUGUGUGUUGUGUUGUUCUUCUUUUUUUUUUUUCUUUUCUUUUGGUUUCUUUUUUGUUCGUUUUGGGUUUUCUUGGCUAGGGUAUAGCCAGUACACUGAAAAUGGCAGGCAUUUAAAUAUAUAUAUAAAUAUAUAUAAAAAAAAAAAAAAGUGUUCCUAAUUCCUGAGUUACUAGUGAAAUGAAUUUGACAAUUGUAAUAAAAAAAAUGUUUCAACCCUUUUAAAUAAGGUGUGUACUAUUUUGGUCUGUAAUAUAUAACACCUAGUCAAUUUUAAGUGAUGAGAAACUACUUCCACUUGUGCUCUAUACUUUGAAAAUUUUUACAAACCUAAAUACAGGAGACAGUUACAGCAUGUAGUGUAGGAGAUUUCUUUUCAUACACUCAAGCACGAAAUACUAAUACAAAAUUGUAUUUUCUUACCUAGUGGAAGUCAGUAAAAUGACUGAAAAUACCUAGUGAAUGUACAGUUUUACUUUCAUAUCCCUCUUUAAAAUAGCUUUAGAAGUGACUUGUAUUUCCUAGUCAAUAUUUCAUCUGUAUAAAUACAUUUGCAACAGUUUUUUUCCCAGAAGAGCCAAACUUUGAGUUUUAUGUCUGUUUGUCAUUGAUGAAUUUCAAUAAAUCUUUUUAUACAA